AUGGCGACCAUUGCUGUCCACUCCACUGCGGACAUCGCGCAGGUCGAGUCCACGUGCCGCCAGCUUGGCAUCACGGUCGAAGAGUUCCGCGAGCUGCAUCGCUACAGCGUAUCGGCUGCUGAAAGCGCCUAUUGCCCGUACAGCAACUUCCCCGUCGGGGCCGCUGUCAUGACAAAGUACGGCGUCCAAGGCCCUGAUGCCGCUGAAGGUCUGCCCGGUUCAGGCGGCAAUGGCCACAGUCGGUUUAUUCUCGGCGCCAAUGUCGAGAACGUUUCGUACCCCGUAGGAACGUGCGCGGAGCGUGUGGCUCUGGGCCGAGCCGUGUUCGAAGGCCACCGCGACUUCAAGGCGAUUGCAGUGAUGGCACCAGCCGCAGCAGCCGGUAUGCCGUGCUCGCCAUGCGGCAUGUGCCGACAGUUCAUCCGUGAAUUCUGCGGUCUGGAUCUGCCGGUGCUCAUGUUCGCCAAGGACGGCCAGUACAUUGGCGUCAAGCUGGAGACGCUGCUUCCCCUGUCGUUUGGUCCCGACGCGCUUGGUCCUCGGUAA